AUGGGCUCUUCUGCGGACCUCGACAAGUGGUCGUGGGCAAACCAGGUCGGCAACUACCAAUACUACAUUCAUGGUUCAGGUGCCACCUCAAAAUACGUCAAUCUGAGCCCAUCUUACAAAAACCCUGGCGACACUGGGUCGAAGCAAGGUGCUAAGAUCACCAUCGACAGCACAGCCAAGUGGAAUUCGGACAUGUGGCGCACUGAGCUCAUCCCUCAAACGAAAGCUGCCAUCAACCAGGGCACCGUGUUCUACCACUUCUCUAUCAAGAGAAGCACCACCAACGUCCCCAGUGCGACGAACGAGCACCAAAUCUGCUUCUUCGAGAGCCACUUCACAGAGCUAAAGUACGGAUGGGUCAAUGGCGAGUCGGGUACUUCGAACACCAACCUGCAGUGGAUGGUGGGCGGCCAGAGCAAGUGGAAGGUCGAGCUGAAGGCAGACGAGUGGCACAACGUUGCUUAUGAGAUCAACUUUGGGUCGAACCAAGUUACAUUCUGGCAUUCCACCGGCAACUCUUCGCUCGUCAAGACUGCUGGACCUUUCUCUACAAGCACAUCUAGCAAUGGUGCCGACUGGCAUCUUGGUGUUCUUCGUCUUCCUCGCCAGGGCAACGAUGGCACGGGUGCUGAAGAUUGGUUUUUCUCUGGAACGUACAUCGAGAGCGGCACGCUCACUACUUCUGUCGCUAGCCCUGCUGCAUAGAUCACACUGUGGACGGAAGAGACGCGUUGGACAUGUUUUCCCUUUUGUAGAUAGCUUUGGACAGGGCGCAUACACAUCACAAAAACCGACAAAAAGCUUUCCAGACUUCC